AUGCUCGCAGACCACUACCAACAAGAAAAAGAAAAUGACAUCCUCAAAGACAUGUACAUGUAUCAAGAUAUCAUUGAGCAGUACCAUCAAGAUGAGGAUGAACAAGACGACAUGUCUGGAGUCACCGUGUCUCAGCAUCUUGCACCUGAACAGUACUUGUACGAGUUCCCAACAAAGACCUGCUUGAAAGCAUUGGCCUACUUGGACAGUGAAGAAGACGAAUACUCAUUUUUCGAUGAAUCCUCAUUUUUCACGACAGAUAGCAGCUACACGGCAAUUGAAUCGGUUCAGCAACACCACGAUGGCAAUGACGAUCACAUGAAUUGGAACGAAAACACAAUGCUGGUUGAUGAUGGCAGGCUAUCACCUCUUCAGCUACCUGCUCAAGCUGAUAUUAUUACAAACAUUAGACCACGCGAAUCCUUUGUGAACAGCUCAACCCAAUCAGAUCAGCCUGUCGGCCCCUCUUCCUUCUUAUCCGAUGUUCGCAAGCAUCACAUGUACUACCAUGUUACACCGGCAAGGACAACAUCGUACAUGCGUAAAGGAUACUCUUUUACGUCUGAACAAGAGUACUGCGGCCAUGUGCCUAUGAUGGACUCUGACUCUGACAAUACCACAACGACCACCAAGAGCAGUGCAUCAUCUUGCAUCGUUUUAAUUAAACUCAACAAGCAUAAGCAAUUACCAAUGGCAUCUGUUCAACGGUGCCCUACAUCUCUCACCUACUUUGCCAGCGACGAAGGCUACAAUGACGAUGAAGAUGACCUAUUCGAAGGUGCUGAAGAACUAGAGUCUCAUUGCGUCUUUUAUCCCUUGUCUGACGAUGAAGAGCAAGAUGAAGAUUACGCAUGGACAGCCAAGCAUCAAGCUGCAGUCAAGAUCCAAUCCCUUUGGCGUGGUUACCGUAGUCGUUGCCAAAACAAACAAACCUUCCGCAACAUGCGCCCCGAGCAGCGAGUCUUGCUAAACUUGGCCAACAUCUGUAGCCGCUUACACCGUCGUCGGAUGAACACAGUCGACGAGAAACUGCAUCAAUUGGAGCAACGAGUGCGACAAGAAACAGCGAUGCGCAUGGCGUUUGAAAAGGCAAUGGAAGACAUGACAGUGCUUAUUGAUCAGCAGCAAAAGAUCCUCUACGACCGUGUAGAGCAAGAAGUGCACAUGCGCCAGCUGUACGAAGACAAGAUGAACACUGCUCUGGCUCAAUUGCAGCCACUGGAGUCUCGUCUACGCAAAGAGGUCAAUGCUAGAAGCAAGAUGGAAGAAAUGAUGACUCGCGUUUUAGAUCAAAUGCAUGAAUCGGAAACCUCAAGAUUGGAACAAGCAAAGCAAGAUGCAGAGUCAAGAAAACUGAUGCAGGCUAAAUUAGACCGUGCUAUGGAAGAGAUGGCCAUCCUCCAGAAGCAGACAGCAUCGACCAGAUCCAAUUCCUCAAUCACCACCACCACCACAACAACAACAACAGCAGCAGCAAGUGGUAGUAGACCUACCCCAUCCACUGUGCGCCGUCCAACGUUAAAAUCAUCACUGCCAUCUACAGCAUCAUCUACAAAAACAUCAUCCACUGCAUCAUUCACUAUCACCACCACAACAAACACAAAAUCAUCUGCUACCCCCAACACCACUUCUCUUCGCCGUUCUACUCGCCCCAGCACAACUAAUACCACCAAAAAAAGUACCAGCAACCUUAAUAUUUUGCCAGAACGACCAUCUGUUGUACCAUCUGUUAGACGCCCAUUAUUAAAUUCUAAAACUGGCAGCAAUACAGCCACCACUGCACCUGCCAGACGUACAUUUUUGUCCCGAACAUGA